GUUUAAGGCUUUAAGCCGUUGAGUCAGAUAAAACGAAGCGUUCUCUGCUAAAACCCUAAACCCGUGAAAAUGGAGCUGCAAUCCGUUUGUCGUGGGCUUCCCGCCCCAAAGCUGGGAUUGUACGCUAAUCGCGUAGUCUCUCAUCAAUUUGUUUCCACAAGUCAGGUUGGAUUGAGGGAUCAAAGAGUUCGGAUUGGAAUUGCGUCGAAAUCACAUUUGAUGCUUGGUUUGAAGAGGGAGUUUAAUAAGUCUUUGAUGCCGAGCUUGAAAAGGGGAGCUAUUGUAUGUGCUGCUAACUCUAACCCAGAUGCUAAGUUGGCAUUUUCGGGGAGGGAGAGUUCUGAUUCUGGAGUGCCUGUUAGUGGGUCUAACGGGGUGGAGCCAUUUCGCGGUAAAUCGGGUUCAAUUUCAUUUUAUGGGUUGACUCACCAGUUGGUAGAGGAAGGGAAAUUGCAGUCAUCCCCUUUUAAAGAAGAGAAGGGCUCCCUUAUUUGGGUUUUAGCCCCUAUCGCAUUGAUAUCAUCUUUGAUUCUUCCGCAAUUCUUCCUUGCUAAUGCAAUUGAGGAUAUCCUGCAGGACGUGCUUCUCGUAGAAAUGGUGACUUCUCUAUUAUUCGAGGUCCUCUUUUACAUUGGUCUUGCAAUUUUCCUGCUUGUAACUGACCGUGUUCAAAGGCCAUAUCUGCAAUUUAGCCCAAAGAGGUGGGGUCUCAUCACAGGUCUCAGAGGAUACUUAACAUGUGCUUUCUUCACAGCGGGCUUCAAGUUCAUGGCCCCUCUCUUUGCCGUGUAUGUAACCUGGCCAAUGAUUGGCCUGCCGGGCCUGGUUUCGGUGGUUCCUUUUCUAAUCAGCUGUGUUGCUCAACUUGCAUUUGAGAAGCUUCUUGAAAAGCGUGGAUCGUCCAGUUGGCCCUUGGUUCCUAUAAUUUUCGAGGUCUAUAGACUUUAUCAGUUGACAAAAGCUGCUCAUUUCAUUGAGAGGUGCGUUUUCUCAAUGAAGGGGCUUCCUGCUUCUCCAGAAUUGCUAGAAAGAAGUGGUGCCCUCUUUGGCAUGAUAGUGACUUUCCAAAUUCUAGGUGUUGUCUGCCUCUGGUCGUUGAUAACAUUUCUUUUAAGGCUUUUCCCUUCUAGACCUGUAGCAGAGAAUUACUGAUGGAUGCUGUAUAUUUUGUACUAUUUACAGUUUGGAUAGAAAUUUACUCCAACUUAG